AUGCCACCAAUCCCGCCAUCUCAAACAGCACUGCCAGGAUGGCAGCCUCGCGUAGUAUGCUAUCAGCAGACAUACCACCAUGAAGACGAAUACAUCUCACUCCUCCCACUGAUCACCAAUGGUCCCCCGGCUGUUACACAUGUCAUCCUUGCUGCCAUCCAUAUCAACUGGGAUCCCAAUAACUUGACGCUCAACGACAAUCCACCGGAUCAUCCGAAGUACACGCAGCUAUGGGAUGAGGCCAUGGUGCUGCAAGACAGCGGCAUCAAGGUGUUGGGCAUGCUAGGUGGCGCCGCCAAAGGCAGCUUUGCCCGGCUUGACUACUCGGAGUCACGGACGGACGUCCCUCUGGCGCGAUUCGAGGCUUACUAUGCGCCACUGCGGGAGAUGAUCAGGACGUACAGUCUUGAUGGUCUGGAUCUGGAUGUGGAGGAGGAGAUGUCGCUUCCAGGUGUUGUCAAUUUGAUUGACCGUCUGAAAGCGGACUUCGGUCAGGAUUUCAUCAUCACACUGGCGCCUGUCGCAACGGCGCUCAUGGCGGGACGACCCCAUCUCUCAGGCUUCGAUUAUAGCCUGCUAGAAGCAGCGAGAGGAUCCAGCAUUGCCUGGUACAAUACACAGUUCUACAAUGGCUGGGGAGGGCUCGAGUCUCCACGGGCAUAUGAUGAGAUCAUGAGGAAUGGCUGGCGGCCAGAGAAGGUCGUCGCCGGAAUGCUCACAAACCCAAGACAUGGAGGGAGCGGCUAUGUGCUGCUCCAUCACACUGCCGCGGUGCUCAGCUAUCUACAGGAGAAAUACCCCGCCUUCGGAGGCGUGAUGGGGUGGGAAUACUGGGCGAGCCUACCAAAUGAGCAGGAGGUCUGGCAGUGGCCAUACUGCAUGAGAUUGAUACUAGGAUUGAAAGAGGUCAGGGACGCUGCCAUCAUCGUCACCAUGGGCAGAGGGCUGUCGAGAUCAAACAUGAAUCAAGGAAGGGUACCACGUACGAGAUAG